AGGAAGAGGGAGCCACGGAGGAGAGGAGCAGGAGAGGUAAUGCACUGACAGAAGAGCAGAGGAGGAGGAAUAUGCCGAGCAGAGGAAGGUUAGACCAUCGAUGGCAGCCAUGCUGAGUCCUAAGAUCAGACAGACCAGGAGAGCCAGGUCCAAGAGCAUGGUGAUGGGUGAGGCAUCCCGUGGCUCAUGUCGUUCCACCUCACCAGGCCUCCAAGAGGGGGCACUAAAGGCUGGCUGGCUGAAGAAGCAGAGGAGCAUCAUGAAGAAUUGGCAGCUGCGCUGGUUUGUGCUACGGGCUGACCAUCUUUACUUCUACAAGGACGAGGAGGAGACCAAACCCCAGGGCUGCAUCCCAUUGAAGGGCAGCCAAGUGAAUGAGCUGACAGCCAACUCAGAAGAGCCCGGUCGACACCUUUUUGAGAUUGUGCCAGCUGGUGAAAAAGACAAGGCUGCGAUAAGUCAUGAGUCUUUUCUGCUCAUGGCCAACUCCCAAAGUGACAUGGACGACUGGGUGAAGGCCAUCAGACGGGUCAUCUGGGCUCCGUUUGGAGGAGGUAUAUUUGGGCAACAUUUAGAGGACACCGUCCAGUUCGAAAGGAAGUUUGGUCCUCGCCUCGCCCCUCUCUUAGUUGAACAGUGUGUGGAUUUCAUCAGGGAACAGGGACUUGAUGAAGAAGGCCUGUUCCGGAUGCCAGGGCAAGCCAACCUCGUAAAGGACCUUCAAGAGGCCUUUGACUGUGGAGAGAAGCCUCAGUUUGACAGUAACACUGAUGUCCACACUGUGGCUUCCCUGCUGAAGCUGUACCUCAGGGAGUUGCCUGAACCUGUCAUUCCCUUUUGCAAGUAUGAGGAUUUCCUCACUUGUGCUCAGCUCCUGGCCAGAGAUGAGGAAGAGGGAAUUCAAGAAAUAGGAAAGCUAGUGAAGACCCUUCCAGCUGCUAAUUACAACCUUCUGAAAUAUAUAUGCAAAUUUCUGGAUGAGGUGCAGUCUCACUCAAAUGAAAACAAAAUGGGUGUGCAGAACUUGGCCACCGUGUUUGGACCAAAUAUCCUUCGUCCUAAAAUGGAGGACCCAGUAGCUAUUAUGGAAGGGACUUCCCUCGUUCAGCAUCUCAUGACAGUGCUUAUUAGCGAGCACGAUCGCCUGUAUAUUGAAACAGACUCAGAAACAUCUCAGACUGAGAUGGAGGUAAGGGUCCAAGGCCAGCAACAUCAGCAGUCCAGCCUGGUUGACUGGAUCUCUGAGGAGGACCUCCAUACCUGCUCACCCACAGGGAAGAAUGCUUGUCCCAAUGACAGCCCUACUAGUAGUAGUGCCUCAUCUUUGGAUGCCUCCCAGGCAGCUAUUACAUCCAAGUCAGUGCCUCAGGGAAAGGGAGAGACAGCUGUCAGCCCUAGUAAGCAGGGCAAGACACUGCCUGGCUGGAAGUACACUUUCAAAAGCUCCUCUCCUCGUCCACAGUCUGCCAAAGUCGGUGGCUCCACAGCAGAUAUGUCCACUGCCUCCAGUGGGAAUUGGCUUAUGAAUGGGCUGUCCUCACUGCGGGGACACCGACGCACCUCCUCAGGAGAACGCUCGAGGGAUUCGGGGUCAUCCCAGAGACUGUCUACCUACGACAAUGUCACGUCUUCGUCAAGUCUGGGGAGUGUGCUGAGCAUAGACAGCACACCAUGGUCCACCUCAUCUUGUGAAAUCUCUGUCCCAGACUCAGGAAGUGACCCAUUAGUGACAGACUCCAGGACAGAGGACAAGUCACAACCGGAGGUAAAUGCUCAGGAAACAGCACUGACUGAGGGGGAAGUGAAGUCCAAUGAACAUGAGGACAAUAGGAUCACUGUGGAGAACUCUGCGGCAUCACUCUUCAGUGACGAUGGCAACAUGGCACCAAUCAUAAGAGUUGUGGAUGAAGACAUUGAUGAAAAUCCCUCGUCCCUGGCCAGUGAAGUGGCAGAGCUGAAAGAAGAACUGAGGAAGCAGAAACAAGCUUAUGAAUCUAGAAUUAAAAAGUUGGAAGAGUCAAGUGCAGCCCUGCGUGCACAGAUGGAGAGACUCACGCAAGAGAUGGAACAGGAGAGAAAAAGAAAACGAAUGCUUGAGAUCAAACUUAGGAACUCUGAACGGGCUCGUGAGGAUGCAGAAAAUCGUAAUCGCCUCCUUGAGAAAGAAAUGGAAGAUUUCUUCUCCACACUAGGGGACCUGGCGCUUGGAAGCCGUACCAGUGACAUUUAACCAAAAAAAAUAUAUCUAUAAAUAAAUAAACACACCCAAAAUGAAUCAUAAUGACAUGGUGUUACAUAGCCAUGCAAGCUGUUUAUUAUACUAUAUGUCUCAGUGGCCCUCAGGCGUCUUCAUAAAUUACAUGGAAAAGGUCUACACUUGGAUGUUAUUACAAAAUGUGCUAAUGCAGAUGUCCAGCAAUCCGGACCUAAAAUUUUGUAAAUAUAGUUCACCCAAAAAUGAAAAUUCUGUCAUAAUUUACUCACCCUCAUGUUGCUAAAAUAGUAUAACUUUCUUCUUGAGCACCAAAAGAUAAGUUAUACAGAAUGUAAGGUACUGACAGUCUGUAUUCACUGUCAUUGUAUGGGGGAAAAAAGAUGCAGUGAUGAGUGAGGCUAAAGGCCCCGGCACACUUCAUACGAUAUCAAAGAACAAACGAAUGUGAUGUCAUUUAGAACUAAAUCUGGCCAAAACAAAGAUGUUUUUGACUUUGUUUCAGUGGUUUUUAACAGCUUGCUAGCACAAACUCCUUCACCACUACCGGUGAAGAGCUGCAAACUUCUGGCAAACAUUUGCGGCGAAUCACAAACCACGAUCAUUCACGUAGAGACAUUUUCCAUGAACGUGUCAUCUGAUUUUUUUUGUUUAAUUAGUUUACUAAAGGGUUAGAGUUAAUCAUAUGUACUCUAAUACACUGUAAAAAAUAAAAAGUUGAGUAAACCUAAAAAAGUAAGACAACCAGCUGCAAAGCAUUUUUGAGUUUACUCAACUUUAGGCAAAUUAGUUUUACCAAUUUAAUAAUUCAAGUUGGAUUGAAAGUUCCAUGAACUUAAUACAAUAAUUGCAGCGAACUCAAAAAUAUUAAUUAUUAUUACGUUCAAUAAACUUGCAUUUUUAAGUAUAGCUGACCAUAAUUUUCAAUAUUCUUGAAACUUGUGUAAAAAUAUUAUUUUUAAGCAGAUCUACAUUUUAAUUUAAGAUCAUGUAUCAGCCCCACCAAAUAGUUGGUCUAACCUGGGGGGUCAGUGAUCAAACUGAGCAUGCUCAAAAGCCUGAAUAUUCUACCUUCACCACCAAACUUGAUGUUAUAUGUGCUCACUGUGACUUAAAAAGCCGUUCACACAUCUGCCCAAAGAUAUGCCUAUUAUCAUUCUUUUGUCUGUAUUCUACCCAUUAACACUCUUUUAUAGUCCAAUCUUUACAGCAGUAUCCUUGUCAUCACAAAUUACAAUAACAGAGUGUAAUCAGUGCAUGUUAUGGCCACGUAUACUGUGAUGGCACAUUAGCGCCAUGAAUUCAGAAUGUAAAACAAGACAAUUUACACAUUAUCUACUACAGCAUUUAUAUUUCUGUAAAUCAUCAAGUGGUUAAAACAGCUUCUUUUACAUGUAGUCUUCAGCAUCCUCAUAUUUAAAUGUACUUCUAAACGCCACCCCCAGCGGUGUGCCAUUUUUUUUUAUGUUUGCAAACAGUAUGUUGUUGCUAAGCUGUAUUGAACUUUUUGGCUCUGAGCGAAGGACGAAAAAGCACUUGGCCGUGAGUGUGCGGGGGGCCUUAACAUUCUGCCUAAUUUUAUGUUUCAUGGAAGAAAGUCAUACAGGUUUGGAACAAGAUGAGGCUGAGUAAAUGAUGACAGAAUUUUCUUUUUUAAGUGAACUAUCCUUUUAAUGUUGGCCACUUUCACACUAAUAUUUGAAAAACUACCAAGGACAUAAAGCAAAGCCAUCCCCCCUUUCCAGCAAUGUAGCAUUUCUUAUAACCCUUGACCACCAGUUGUUUUAAAGCAUUUUCUGGAGUUUUCAGUGGACAAAGAACAUGUUAAUGGGACGUCUGAAUUCAGUAAAGAAAUUUGUUCAAGUAGAAUCAUGCACUUUUUGCAUGAUCAAGUCCAUUUAACAACAACAGCCAGUUUGCAGGACAAAUAGAGCAGUUCUGUUGGCUUUGGCACAUUAAGCAGACCACUGCCUUAGAAAAACAUGUAAAUUAUAUGGACAGUGGGACAGUGCCUUUGUUGAGAUCUCAUUUUGGAAAACGUAAUGUUGCUAAUGUCACUAAAAUAGCUCUAGAUCUUGGCAUUGAUUACAUUUUCAUGCAUUUUGGGUGGUAUUUUAAGAUUGUCAAAGUGAUAGUACCGCUUUCAUAAAACAAAAUAAAAGUUAGAAAUGUGACUGGUCUAAUUUUAAUUAUUUUAAGUGUAAAGAAAUCUAGAAAUGCUUUGUGGAUGUUUUUUGUUUCCCCCCCCCGCCAGAGUUUGUAUGUUUCCAGAUUUUGUAUGCUCAGCUAAUUCUCUGAUCAACAUUGCAUACUUGUAGUUGACACUAUACACUAGCAUGAUGGGUAUUAGCCUAAUGGCUAACUUUCCGGGCUGCAAAUACAAAGGUUUCAGGUUCAAUCUUAAAAGAAAGAGACCCAGAAACUGGACAUCACCAUUGUGCCCUCUUGCAAAGAAUUUUUAGCUGCUCAAGUUUCACUUAUCAAUCCAUUUGCAUUUUAGAUUCAUUUCUAGAACAACUGCUUUUACAAAAGACUUUAAUGUCUGUUUAGAAUGUGUGAAGAUGUGAUACAUCAUCAUCAUCAUUAUUAGACUAUUAUACCGUGGUCAUACAUGACAAAUAGUCUUAUGUGUUGUGCUGAAAUGUUAUCAAGUGUCACUGUGGUGCUAUGUAAUUAUUCACAAAGACCUAAAUUAAAUGGAAAACUUUAAAGACUGUACCUUUUGUAAUGCUGAAUUUGAUAAUUCUAUGGUACUGUUUUGUUAUCUAUAACUAACACAGCUCCCUUUGGGGAAAAUAGAUUGAAUUGCAAUGAGACAGC